AUGGCCCAGAAAUUCCUUCGACACACACCAACCAGCUACGUCCUGUCCCUCCAGUAUCGACUCGCCGGCCAACGAAACUGUCGCUUCCCAGCGCAACUUCAAGAUGCCAUCUCCGCAUAUCCCUAUAUGCUACACACGUUACGAAUUCCAUCAUCGCAAAUCAUCUUAAGUGGAGAUAGUUCAGGAGGAAAUCUCGUCCUUGCGCUUUUACGAUAUAUCACACAGUUCAAAAAUUAUAAACUUCUCCCAGCACCAAAACGUAUUUGGAUUUGGUCACCCUGGUGUGAUGUUCCUGCAGCUUAG